AUGUUCCCCGACGCCAUAGUGAUCGACGGAUGCAGUGUGUGUAAUCGUCCUGCUAGUCCCUAUCUAUGUGAAACCUGCAAGCUUGUCACCUACUGCAGCCUGGAGCAUAUGCAGGAACAUAAGCAUGCACAUCAAAGCGUCUGCUUUCAAAUAGAUGAUAGGCGUCGUGAGGCCGGGCGAUACGAGUUUCGCGAUGAAAAUGGAAAUACCAUACGUCCUGAAGAUUUGGAUACAACAGAUGAGGGCUGGCGGUAUCGCUCGGAUAAUCUCGAAUACAUCACCAGUCACAUGCUAUUGGUCCAGGAAAUUUGUCAGUUGAACACUCGGCGAGCAGUGGAAGCACAAUUGGAGCUUAUGUUGAAGACCGGUCACUUGUAUCGCAAUGAUUCGAAAAACGCCAUAGAGAUACUGUGUCUGUACUUUCGGCUGGGUCGAUACGUGGAGUUUUAUAAUCUUAUGAAGACACAUAUGGCAAAUUCUCCUGUGUCUAUCUUGUCUACCUUCGGACCCGGAUACACGUUUCAGGAUUGGCUAAAAGCAGUUGAUGAGACGUCAGAUCCUUUCGAGGAUGUUCAAUGGCUGAUAUCCUCUGAGUACCAUGUUGACCUUGUGUUAUUGGCAAUGCUACUUAAAAUCAACAUGCUCUAUGAUUUGAUAGUGGCAGAGACAGCCACACAUAAGGUCGGAUCCAAAGUUCCCCGCGAGAUCCUUGACCACAUUCUCUCAUUUUCAUUCACUACUUCAAUCAUUUCGAACAGCCCCAAGUUUCUCUCUUGCCUUGGCCAUACUGAGCAGAUUGAGACCCUCCGCCAUCAGAUCCAGGAGUUGUAUACGGCGAUUUCGAAAAGGAAAUUCAACAUAUGGGAUUCCGUGGUUAAGUACAAAAAGUCCGGGUGGAGCGAUGGUUGUCCGGGGCAUAUCGACUUUCCUAGUGGUUGCCUGUCCACGUUCAGAUGCGGCCCUCAUUACGCGGUAGACUUCUGGCAUGCAAGCCCAUGGGCUCUGAAGUACAUCUCAGACCUUUCCCCAGAUGAAUCUGUCUGCGGUUAUGAGACUCUACCAGGUGCAUAA